AUGGAGAAGAAGAUUACGGAGAAGAUCGCGGCGCUGCCGCCGGACGCAAAUUACUUCUCGCUGGAGUUCUUCCCUCCUAAGACCCGGAUGGGUUUCGCGAACCUGUCUGCGCGUUUGGAGCGGAUGGCCCAGGCUCUGCGCCCGCUGUUCGUCACUGUCACCUGGGGUGCAGGCGGAAGCACAGCGGCCCGUUCCCUCGAACUGGCUGAGGUCUGCCAGCGGCAGUUGCAGUUGACAACCGUACUGCAUCUGACAUGCACCAACAUGAGUCGCGCAUUGGUGGACAUGGCAUUGGAGGAAGCCAAGGUGCUCGGUAUUCGCAAUAUCCUGGCCCUUCGUGGGGACCCGCCCCGCAGCGAGGAAUAUAACAUGCACGGAGAGGACGAUAGCAACAAGGACUUCACUUUCGCCGUCGAUCUCGUGCGCUACAUUCGCAAGCAGCAUGGGGACUAUUUCUGUGUUGGUGUCGCUGGAUAUCCCGAGGGUCAUCCCGCCGACUCUUUCCAAGAUGUACAGGAUCCUGCCCGCGAUCUGCCUUAUCUGAUUGAGAAGACUAAGGCUGGCGCCGACUUCAUCAUGACUCAACUCACAUACGAUCUGGAAGCGUACCAGCGAUAUGAGAAUAUGCUUCGCAACCACGAGUCCGGCGUUUUCAAGACAAUUCCUAUCAUCCCGGGCCUGAUGCCCGUUCACAGCUACAAGAUUCUCACCCGUGUAACAAAACUCAGUCACGUCAAGAUCCCCGACCCGAUAGCCAAGCGCAUGGAAGAAUUGAAGCAUGAUGACGAUGCAGUCAAGCGGGCAGGUGUGGACAUCGUGAGCGAUAUUGUUGGAGGUAUUCAAGAGCUUCCCUCUCCAGGACCACGCGGUUUCCAUUUCUAUACCCUGAACCUGGAGAAGACGGUCUCAUUCAUCCUCGAACGGUGUGACUUGAUCCCACCAUUCUCGGCCAUUCAAGACGACACUGUCAUCGAGGAAAUGGAUGGACCCACACCCAUCGAUUCUCAGGUCCGUUCAUUGGCGAGACGUCGAGCUUCAUCUAUCAACUCGCAACCUCACAAUCGUGUGAUCGUAGACAAGAUUUCAGAACAUGAAUCUUCUCGGGACUCGGUACAUGAAGCUCUCGCAAACAGUGCCGGCCUCCCUGCCAUGCCUCCUGGCCGCGGUACCACCCUACAGAUCUCUGAGGGACUCGGAGCGCUUGGCAGAGAAGCAACCUGGGAUGACUUCCCCAACGGUCGAUGGGGUGACGCACGCUCGCCCGCUUUUGGUGAGAUUGAUGGAUACGGCCCAUCUCUUCACGUUACCUCUGCGGCCGCUCGCCGUCUGUGGGGUCACCCCGUUGAACACAAAGACAUCAACACACUUUUCCGGCGCCAUGUUUCUGGAGAUUUGCACAUGGUCCCCUGGUCAGAGGGCGGCGCUGAAGAAGGAAGUGAUGGCUUGAAUCCCGAGACAGAACUGAUUCGACCCGAGCUUCUCAAACUCAUUGACGGCCGUGGGUGGUGGACUUUGGCCUCCCAGCCCGCGGUCAACGGCGUCCGUAGCGACCACCACAUCUUCGGCUGGGGCCCGCAACGCGAGGGUUUCGUCUUCCAGAAGCCCUUUGUUGAAUUUUUCUGCCCUAACAAGGACUAUGUCAACAUCUUGAAGCCGCUCUUUGAGAAGCAUGGCCACGAUAAGCUAACCUGGUUCGCUACAAACACUACCGGAGCAUUUGAGUCCUCGCUCCCCGUUCAGCCUGCUGACGUCGAUAUUGAUGAUCUCGGCUCGAACCCCGAGAGUGUCAACGCUGUCACCUGGGGUGUCUUCCGUGGAAAGGAAAUUGUCACCCCCACCAUCAUCGAAGAGGUCAGCUUCCGCGCCUGGGGUGAGGAAGCCUUUCGAAUUUGGGACGAGUGGCGUCGCAUCUACCCACGUGGCUCACCCACCGAGCGUUUCCUUGAAACCACCAAGAAUGAGGCUUGGCUGGUCUGCGUGGUCGGCCAGCAAUUCGGAGCUGGCGUCCCAGCUGGAUCGAAGGAGGAAGAAGAUGAGGUGAAGUGGAUGUGGAGAGUUUUGUCGGGCGAGAUUCAAGAAUAA